AUGCUGCGCUACAUCGCCGAAAAGGACGUCAGCCAGAAAGGAGUUCACCCCAUUAUUCGCUACAGGAUCCCUGAGACUAGGAUGUCGUACGUCUUCAUUUUUCAAAGAAGAAACCAGAGGAGUGACGUGUACGCCUGCAGAGCAUGCAAGAAGAAACAUAACCAUCAUAUGGUUGUAAGGGUUGUGGGAAACGAAAUUUAUGACGACCCUUGCAAAAAUCAUAAAUGCUGUCCCAUAAAUGCUUCUCUUGACAGGGCGAAUAGAAUCAUGUACGAGGCAUGUCAGAAAAUCAAAAACACUGCCGAAUUGGCAUCCACUUCUGUCAUGGAAGUGUGGGAAAAUACACUUCAAGUUGCAAUGACUGAGGAAACAUCAAGAGAAGAAGUGGUAGCCCACUUCUAUCAAAGAGGACUAGCCACACGCCGUAAAAGUAUACAAAGAGCGAAAUCAUGUCACACGGAUCAUUCAAUCAACUGGAGUUGUGUACCCGAGAGAUAUGCAAAACUUUCGAAUGGGGCUGCAUUUCUACAGGAGUUAACACCAAUGUACCAUCUGUACUUUUCUGAUGACACCUUGAGAAUGGCGUGUGAGCAGGGAAUCAAGGCCUUGAUUGGGUGGUAUACACAAAAUCUUGCCGGCGAAAAUGGGUGA